AUGUGCAAACAAGGCCAAGAUGGUCGGUUUAUCCGAUCUGCAGAUUGUGAGCUUAAGGAAGAGCUAGUAAGAGUGUGGCACCGGAAUGUGAAGUUUCUCUCGGUUGCUGGGAUGGCGGGCAUCGGUAAAACCACUCUUGCGCGUACAAUAUACGAAGAUUUUGAUAUGGUCGAAUGGUUUGAAUGUCGUGCCUGGGUGGAAGUAGGUAGAGAGUGGCAAUUGCACAAUAUUAUGAGGAACAUUCUGGAUCAAGUGAAAUCUCAUCAAAUGAUGCUUACCAUGGAAGAUGAUGAUGAUGAUGAGAGGGGAAGUGAGUACUUGAGGGAGAGGUUGAAGGGUAAGAGAUUCUUGAUUGUAUUAGAUGAUGUGUGGGAUGCACAAGUUUGUCAUGACAUAAAGAAGCUUGCAGCUACUAUUGAGUAUCUAGUUGGGAGCAGAGUUUUGCUUAUCACUAGGAUGCAAGGAGUAGUCGAACGCGCUGGCUUAUAA